GUCAGUGUUUUUAAGGUUUCGGCUCAUACGAACGUGUGUAAAUUUCACCAGCUUAUUGUUUUGGUUUAAUGACUUUAAUUAUUUCUGUUUUUAAAUUCUUUAAUCCUACAAAGUUGGUGGUCGACGUGCUGGGUUUUGCAGCAAAAGAAACUGAAGAAUCACUUGUAAUGAAGAGAAUUCUAUGCAGUAGUUUUCCACGUGUUUUCUCGCUUUCGUUCUUCUUCUGUAAAAAGAGGGGUCCAUCAUUUUAGGUUGUCUCAAGCCAAUGGUGAAUUCAGCUUCGGGAUCCGUACCGGAUUGAAACAGCACAGAAUUCGUUUUUUCUACAUCUGGAUGACCGGAUAGCAGAGGUGGCAACAGUAAGGUAAGUGAACCAAUCACGAAUUGUGAUUGCAUUCAUUUCUCGUUAAUGACGCUUCCAUUGAUGACGGAUGUAUAACAAAACUGCUGACGAUGCAGUUGCGAAAAGCGAAAGUGUUAGAUAAUAAUUUAGAAUGUCAGACUUUUUCAUAAUCGUUAUUCCGUCCUUGAUUCGUGAUUUUUGUUUCGCAUUCUUCCGGUUGAUUUAAUUUAAGACUUUGAGUUCAAAGGAAGAAAUUUUUUAAACCCCCACAAAUUCAUAAGUAAAUUAGGCAGAAUAGAAGUGACGAAAAGUAGUUCUAUCGGGGAUUUUCUGUUAAACCCCUCCGGUCCUAGGAUAAAAAUAUCCUGCAAUCACGGCAGACUAUAAACAAAACCAUCAUCUCUAGACGUAAUGUCGAGAUGGAAAUGUGUUGCUGCUAUAACGCGAUCGUUGUCCACCUUUUUUUAUUUCUCUUAAUUAAAGAAAGGUAAUAGGGUAGACCGGUAGAAACAUUUUGUUGCGGAGACCAUAUAGACUCUCGAGGGCACUCACCUGCUGGUGAUUCAUAGACUGCGCCUGUGCCACAGACAUAUGCAAUCAAAACCAUGCUAUACUUUUCUUUUUUUUUCAAAAUUGUUGGCCUUGUACUUUUACGAGAAAUGGGAAUGAUAGUACAAGCUGUUUACUCUAGCAUGCCAACAGUUACUUAGGGGGCAAAUAAACUCGUUCAAGUGGAACAAUUUCUAAUGGGGCUUCGCUAUUUGAGCUAUAUGUAGUAUUGGUUGUAAUACAUUUAACACUAAUGCUCGUAAGUUAACGAAUGCUGAGAUCUUUUGGGUUAGUAUCGAGUAGAAUGUCUUGAUUUUAGUUGACUAUGGGUAUUCAGCAGUGUUUGACUCGUUCGUAGUUUUCUUUUUCGAAUUAGAAUGAAUCCCCCUGAAAGAGAAACAUAAGUGAGACAUUAAGCAUAGCUGGCAGGCACAAGUCACAUUUUUAACGGGCUGUAAGUAUACUGCACCGCCAACUACAUAAAGGAGCCAAACACAGGGAACUCACAGUAGUCAUUUCUUUCUUACCGAAACGAAAAGUUGGGCCCAUAGAAUUGCACAAAGUUGUGGUGCAUCCAGUAACUUUAGGUUGAACUCUAGAAUCUUAUAGGCAAAAUGAAUAUCACCUGCUACCCCAGACUUUUGAUUUGUAUUCUGUUGCUGUUUCCAUUGACCUUUAUUACCAAAAUCACUAGUGAACCUUUUCAGAGCGAUCACCGUCCAUCCGAAAGAUCAUUAAAAUUAUCCCCUGACAAACAUUCAUGGAAACAGCGACUAGGAAAGGUAUUCUCGCAUAAUUGGAGAAAAAAGGGGAAAUUGAGUGUCGACAAAGUGUUGCCUCCAUUAGAAAGUUCGAUUGCCGCACCAUCCGAAAGCGAAUUGAAAAUCUUCCCACCGAAACUGUGGCUGAGUUUACUCAAUAAUCUUGCUGUAGAGAUAACUAACACGAAACAGACGGGAUGCACUUGCUCAGAUCCCAAUCCGCAAGGAGUAACAAUAGGACGCAUUUGCUCCACGACUUGUUUGAAACCGGAGACAUUGUGUUAUGGCCAGACUUGUACCCGAACAACGACUUUCUCGGCUCUUUAUUUCCUUUUUACUGGAGAACAAUUUCUAGGACAAGAGACAUUUCCCAUAUCAUUUCUAAGUACCACCCAGAAGAUAGAAAUUGAUGAAUUCGAUUGUGAAUUACUCGAAAGCAAAUGCAUCGCAAAAUCCGCAUCGACGCAAGCAAAAGUAAUCGGCGCAUUAGGUACAGGGGCUGCCAUCGCCUUGUCGAUUGGGAUUUCAAAGGACAAGAAAACUAAACCAAAUGAAGAGGAAGAAGAGGAAGGAUAUGACGAAGAUUAUCAAGAACCAGAAUAUUCAAAAAAGUUGUAUCGAAAAUCCAGAAGUUAUUUCGAAAAUUUGAAAAGUUCGAUGGUUCCAAUCGAUGAGCAAUUCGAUGCGAUGCCCCGUGGUUUGUUGGGUCUUGCAUUAAAAAGAAUAGCACAACCAGCAGUAGGAAUAUGCAGCUGUAGCGUCAGCAUUCCGUUAUUCUUCGUCCAAGAAUGUACAACGACUUGUCUGUCAUCAAAACGACUUUGCGGCAAUAAUUUUUGCACCCAGACAUCCGUUUUCAAUGCAUUUUUGUAUCCAACCGGAAGCAAUAGCGAACUAACUACACAAACAUUUCUGUCCGUCAAUAACAAAGAUUGUGAGAAGUUGAGAGCCGAUUGCAUCGCAUCGUCCGCUAUCGGCGCUGUGGCCAAGAUUGGCGCUGCAGCUGGACUGGCCGCUGCGGCUUUAUCGUCUGGAAUGGGAGCAGCCGCUAAACUUUUCAUAACCGCAAGUAAUAAAAGUAACGGAACAGCGAAGGAAAAUGAGCGUUUGCAUUUUAAUUAUACCAGACGCACAGUAAAGAAAUUAAAGUAUUUUGAUUCCCUGCUGAAAUCAAAUUCUUCGUUUGAUGAAAUUGAACCAUUCCUGGAAAGUUCAAUCGUCGAAGAAAAGAAUUUGAAAAAGUUCUCCAUAAUUGAUCUGUUUGGUCUAUUCGGUGUUCAACAAGGGGUUACAAGUGUGACAGCUUGCACCUGCGAUGACCCAAGUCCAUCAGCGGAGACGAUAGGACGAGCUUGUAGCACAACUUGCACAAAUAGCGAGACGUUGUGUUCCGGCUCGCGAACCUGUUACCGGACCACCACUUUCAUGGCUGUUUAUUCCUUUUUAUCUGGUUCACGGUUCUAUUGUUCUUAUAAUGGUAUAGAGGAUUCACAACUUCUUUCCACCAUUUUAACCAGAACGUUUUCGCAAAUUGACGACGAAAGAUGUGAAAUACUCGAGAGCCAAUGCAAUGCAGUUGAUCAUAUAGCGAAGGCAAGGCAACCGGCGGCAGAUGUGGCUGCCUUGUCGGUCGGAUUGGCCGCUGGAGCUGUUGGAAUUGCCAUAAUUAAGGCUAAACAUAGCCAAGCUGUGGACAGUGCGACAUACGAAGAAUAUGGUGAUUAUCCAUCCGUACAAGAUCCUUAUGGCAGACGAAAACGAAGCAAGAGAAUGUCAUUUACCAAAGAAAGAAAUCAGAGUGAAAUUGAAACAAAAUUGAGCGACGUUCCAACAAUUGAAUUCGAACAACAAACUUCGCUUGGCCCACCUAGCAUUGAAAGUUCGAUGGAAGAAAUAUUAAAUGUCCCGACAUUUUUAAAACUAUCUGGGCGACAAGCGGCAGUAUGCACGUGUAAUAUUUUAGGUGGGUUUUCCGACUCUUGUUUAGCAACCUGUUUUUCAUCUGAGCAACCGUGUGGUGUUGGUUACUGCACUCGAACUUCCGUUUUCGAAGCCAGCCAAUAUUUAAUAGGUCCCGAUUCAUUGGACUGGGGCACUUUUUUAGUAAUUUCUGUCAAUAACAAAGAUUGUGAAAAGUUACUAGUCGAUUGCAGCGUCGCAUCAACAUCUAUUGCGGCAGCGGGAAGAGUUGCGGCAAUCGGCGUUGGAGUUGGCGGAGGUGUAGCGGCCGGAAUUGCAGUGGCAGCUGUAGUCGACGCCAGCAACCAACAAAACAAUAAUGACAACAACAACAAUAAUAAUAAUCAACAAUUGGCCCAAAUCUCCAAUCAGACCCCCGCAAAUAAUUUACCGAUUCCAGUUGUCGGAUUAAGUUUUCCGGAUGACGGAAGUGGUGACAGUUCCAUUCGAUUUCUUGACGGAAGUAGUCAUCCACUUUUCAGCAGAGGACCUUGUAAUCAAACUCAUUGGGUUACAGUCGACCCCAUUUCAUUACAGGGUGGAUGCACUUUGCGUCUUUGUGAGGAAGGAAGAGUUUUCGUUGGCCGGACUGGCCUCUGUCAUGACGUCAACGAUCCACUUGAAUGUCAAGGAGGUCGCCGCCUUUAUUACACGGCCUAUGGAGAUCCGAUAUGCGAUUGUCCCAUCGGACAAUAUCCGUUUCCCGACAGCACUAAAGACGAUUGCGUUUCAUUAUUCUCUCAAGGUUCCUGCCCAAAUCGCCAAGUGUUGGUUAUAACUGAGGACGGUCGAUUGAAUUGCGAACCACUUGAAUGUCAGUCGAUUAAUGGAGGCGAUGACGGACGAUUCCAGCAAUUAGUUCCGGAUGAGAAAGGAACUUGUUUCGCUCUGGGUUCACGCGGACCUUGUUCAUCCACUCAACUGUUGGGUUACGACAUAUUCAAACGACAAUUGCAGUGCGUAGUCGAUCCUUUCUCUCCGGAAUCUUCAGCAUCUCAACAAAACGAACUGGUCGAUGCUGUAGAAAACAAGGAAUUGUAUUUGCAGGAUUACAUCAGUGAGAGAAUUGGAUGGAUCGAAUAUUUAAUCACCCUCAGUUUAAUUCAAAGAAGCAAAUUGAUGGAACCAAUCGAGAGACAAGACACUGCAGGAAUUCUUCAAUUACCCAGUUCAUCACCCGAUUCUCUUCUUCAACCGUGUCGAUCUGGAGCUCGGAGUGACAAUAAUUUCAAAUGCGCCAAUCCUUUAGUGUCUGAUUCUGGUUCUGGAGGGUCUCUUCCUCCGGUGCCUCCAUUAGUCACUUGCCCAGCUGACAGUUUCUUGACGGCCUCGGGCUCGUGUGUUGAUGACAGUCGAGCGGCCAGUUGCGGACCUUCGACUCGUUUUAACGAAGCAACUGGGCAGUGUCGAUCUUUAUUUUAAUUAUUUCCUCACUGAAUUCGUACUCAUGGUGGUGACGGGUGUUAAUUUUUUUAAAUGUUCUUUGACGAAAUGUUUUUAAAAUUGAUGAAUGAAUGUGUCGGUUACCGGGUGAUGGUGGUGUCCAAGAUCCUUUUUGAAACAAUCAAUCAGUUUUGAAAUAAAUUGGUGACUGGAAUCAUGUAAGCAA